AUGGUUUCGACAGGAGAUUCCAAGAGAGACAAAGUGCGUGAGAUUCUGCAAAAGUCUCUGUCUAAAGUCGCUGAUGAGAUCAUCUUGUUCAACAUCGGAGAUAGUAACAAUCCUGACCUAAGGAGGAAAGUCUUGACUGGUGAGAUCAGUGGAGAAAGACUGGUGACGAUGGAGAGAGAAGAGAUGGGAAGUGACAGAUUCAGAAGCAAGUUCAAAGAAAUCAAAGAGAAAGCAAGGUUUAAAGAAGAGAAUCGACUCAAGAGCUAUGAUGAUGCUUCAUCAAUCAGAUCAUAUGAUCAUGACCUAAGUAGAGAAUUAGAGAUUUUGACAGUUUUAUUAAUCUCUUCUUGGUGUAUUAAAGACGUAUUAAAUACUUAA